GUUUGACAUAUUAGCGGGACUACUAGUAUCAUGCGGAUAUACUUAGUGGCUGGCUCGUGCGACGCGACGACCAGCCCCUGGAUCGAGUCCAUUAUUGUACUCCGGAUACCAGUUACAGAACUUCAAUAUGCUCUCCAUGUCCUCGAUACACCUCGUCUCAACCUUCUGAGCCUUGAGAGGCGAGCAUCCGCCGAUCGAUCUUCAUUUGCUAUAAGGAGAGCCGAAUAACCCCGGUGAAAGCUCAUCUUCGUCUCAAAUCUCGAUUACUAUCUAUUCGAACGAUGUCAGACUCCCAGCCUCUGGGCGCUCACAGCAAUGAAAACAACCAAGGGCCUGCGUGUAACGACGAGCCUCCGUCACAGAAUGCAGUAGACUGUUGGGCCUCGCGCCAUCUUACGACGUCAGCUUAUUCUAGUUUACGCACCAAUGGACCAUCUCCAGCACCGACCCUGAAGGCAAACAUUUACAAGGGAGACACACCGCUUGCUAGCGAAGUGAGGUUACAGCUAGAACUGUGGCAUCAGAAACAUGGUCCCCUACAUCCCCCCAUCGCGUCGAGCUCCUAUGCGAGGGAAACGAGGAUGUAUGCAGCCUUCGGGCCGCAUGGCGAAAACUUCACCCUGAACCCCUAUGAGGUGCACUGGGGCCGUGUGAGUUAUGGUUUCUGGGUACUGCGAAGGAAAGGGCAUCCUGAUGCGGCUGUAAAAUAUCUCGCGUGUUGUCCUGGAAAGGUGUACUAUGGGAUCUGGCACGGUGAUAACAAUUUUGAAGAUACGCCUUCUGUCGUGCGGAUAUUCCAAAACCCCAAAACUGGGGACUAUCCGUUCGUAUUCGAACACCAUGCGGCCGCAUUUGGUCUUGCAGAAAAGGAGAAGGACAAGACGAGCAAUGCUCCUCAGGUAUCAACGAGAGGAAGCAAGAAAAGAAACCUACGCGCGGAGAGCCCUAGCUCAUCCGAAAGUGAAUACUACGAUAUCUCACAUUCAGGGACCCACAUGCAACACCGAAGAAAGAGGAGAAGCCGACCACGAAAGCACGAUGCAAGCCCUCCCAGCUCGAAAGCUAUGUCAGAGGGCUUCCCAUCCUCCCCGCCCGUACAAAAUAGGGAAAACAUGGUCGUUGAUCCCCAAAUUCCAGAAGACUUCUACUUCAGUUUUAUCUCAUCUGCAAAUGAGCGGGUGCGACUACGUUAUGUUAAAGAUUGUUACACAUCAAACUACACAGUGAGGGAACUUUUCGCGGAUGCAAGUCAGGUGUUUAGCAUCUUCGACAACGUAUCAGAUGUACGUUGCUUAAGCUUCAAGUUAAAGGACAGUGAUACGUGCACGUAUUAUGUCUUAGAUGCCGAUGAACGCGACUUCCAAAUUUUACUCCAUAUGAUCAUGAAAGCUAUACAAUCAGAUAAGGAACAGCCAACUUGGUCAGUUGAGGUUAGAUAUGUCGACACCACGGGCAUAUUGCAAAGAAAAGAUGGUUCGUCCGCAAAUGGUGAAGUUUGUAAUGGUCGCACUAGCUAGAUUUUACCUAUCAGUCUCUAUUAUAAGAAACACUUUACUA